CACGACAGCUACACGCAGGGCUCCAGGAGCUAUCCCAAGUACUUGUAUUUUCUGUACUUAAAACAGAGACUGUUUUUUGUCGUCUGAGUGCUGAAACUUGAAACAACUAUUUCUCAAAUUCACCUGAUCAUUUGCAGAGCUGUUAUGAUCGGGAGGAAUGGAAGAAGAGAGAGAGUUUUUCCUGAGAAGCAACAAGGCAUUUUCAGGGUACUUGGGUCUUGAAGGAGGUGAAUUGCAGAGCUUCAGAUCAUGCCUUAAGUGGGUGUGUGUGGAUCAGUCCAAUCUGUGGAGGACCGGCCUCUCAUGGUCCAUCUUCUUUGUUCUGGCCAUUGGCGUUCCAAUCCUCUCCCACUUCCUUUUUUCUUGCUCCAGCUGUGACGACAAGCACACAAGGCCUUAUGAUGCGAUAGUGCAGUUGUCUCUUUCUUCUCUUGCCGCUCUCUCAUUCAUCAGCCUGUCUGCUCUUGUAAAGAAGUAUGGGCUCCGGAGGUCGCUUUUCCUCGAUAAGCUUUGCGAUGUGAGUGAAAAGGUUCGACUGGGGUAUACACAGCAGCUCCAUAGAUCAAUGAAGCUGCUGUCUCUUUUUGUCCUCCCCUGUUUUGCUGUGGAGAUUGCCUACAAAAUAUGGUGGUACAUCACAGGAGCCACUCAAAUACCUUAUCUUGGUAACAUCUACCUGAGUCACGCCAUUGCCUGCACAUUGGAGCUGUGUUCAUGGCUUUACAGGACCGCAAUUUUCCUCCUCGUCUGCGUUCUCUUCAGACUGAUCUGCCAUAUGCAGAUACUCAGGCUGGAAGACUUUGCCCAGGUUUUCCAGAAAGAAUCUGAUGUGGGGUCGGUCUUGAAGGAGCAUUUGAGAAUCAGAAGGAACCUCAGGAUCAUAAGUCACAGAUUCCGGGUUUUUAUUUUAUCCAGUUUGAUCCUGGUCACGGCAAGUCAGCUAGCAUCCCUGCUCAUCACCACCAGGUCCAGUGCUAAAGUGACAAUAUACAAGGCUGGAGAACUAGCAUUGUGCUCCAUCAGCCUGGUGACUGGGCUAGGCAUAUGCCUGCGCAGCGCAACAAAGAUCACACACAAAGCACAGUCAGUGACAUGCCUUGCUGCAAAGUGGCACGUCUGUGCAACCAUCGACACAUUUGAUGCAACGGAUGGUGAGACUCCCACUAUUCGUGCUGCUUCCGCCCAAGUUUUUCCUGUCAAUACUAAUUGGGGAUCAGAUGAUGAAGAAGGAGAUGGAGAUGAUGUUCUCGAUAAUACUAAAAUGAUCCCGAUUUAUGCACACACCAUCUCCUUCCACAAGAGGCAAGCUUUAGUGACAUAUCUAGAGAACAACAGAGCAGGGAUUACAGUUUUCGGGUUCAUGCUGGACAGGACAUGGCUGCACACCAUUUUUGGGGUUGAGAUGUCUCUUGUGCUCUGGUUACUCAGCAAGACAAUCGCUUGGACAUUGAAAAAGGCGUGAAACUGAGAAAGCUAAAGGCUCUUCACAAGGGAAACAGAUGGAGGGGGUGCAGGAAAGCAGUAGCUAGCUGCCUGUGAUUAUGGCACUUUGCCCUGAUCUUUUCUCAUGAGAGCCUUCCUGAGGGGACUUUCACUUUCAUGUGAAAUACAGACUUUUCUGCAUUUUAGUCUACCAACCCGAGUCCAACCGGAAGAAAAUGUUCACAAGAAAAACCAGAAAGAUCUAACUAUCAACAACUUCUUAGAUCAAUAAAUUUAAUGAAAGGGAGCUGGUCACGGAACAUAUGGAGGAGAGGACUCAAUGUCCCUGUUCUAGCUGCUAUAUAUAUAUACAUUGAUGCCCAGUAGAACUAUGGAUUUGUAGUAGAAGACUGUAACCAUUGAUCUUCAAGAAUUUAAGUGAAAUUUCAGAUUC